UAGUUAAAUCAAAUAAAUGUCCUUUGAAAGUUUCUUUAGUCGGUGUUCCUCAGGGGUUACCAUUAGUUUUGGAAAAUAAUGAGGAUGCUGUUUUCAACGUGUUAGUUACUGAUUAUGUUCUUGGUCAGGAGUGGAAUUUUAUAAUUAAAGUUGUUUUUCCACAUUUUAAUUCACAAUUUAUGCAUUUGAAGACUUCAGUUCGCCCGCAAGAAUCUCUCGUUUUUGUUGUUGGGCAAAUGAAAAUUAUUCAUAAUGAUUUUUAUGUUUAUAUAAGGGAUAUUAAUCUUAUCGACAUAAAUCGUUUGAAGAAGAAAAUUUUUGAUAAUAGUUCUAAUUCUUCAAUUGAAGAUGUUAACAUGACUCGAUCAAAACUUCUUUUUAUGUACCAAAAUAUCAAUAAUAAUUUAAAAAAAGCUCAUGAUGUUGAAGAUUUGUCGUCAGUCUUGAAUGAUCGUGUUGAUGAAUUUUAUCCUGGCUCAUCUUCAACUGAUAAUGUCUCUUCGAAACGUGUUAGAGUUGAAUCUUGCGAUGAAUCUGUGGAUGAAAUUGAUAGUAUUGAUAAAUGUAAUGUUGAAUUUAAUAAGUCUGACAGUUCAGAUGAGGUUGAUCAAGAUAAUACGUUAAGCAAUUUACCAAAAAAGAAGAAUUUUCAAAAGAGUAAGAAGGGUAAAGAGCCUACCGAUGGUUCUUUACGUAGUGCUUUAAGAUCUUUUAAAUCGAGUACAAAUGUUAUUAAUG